CACUAUUGACAAAAUAAAGUAAGUCAGUUUUGAAAAGACAACUGCACGAAAUCAAUAAUGGCGUCGUCAGAGAGGAGAAACAUUCAACAUUCUCAAGGUGAAUCGACAGACAAAUGGCGAUACGCUGUCCUGGUGUCUAAGUUCAGUCUUGAUUUUCUCACAACGGGACUCUUGAAAGCAUUUGGAUUAUUAAUACCCACCCUCAUCCGCAAACUCGAUACAAACUAUGGGAUCCUUGGAUUCAUUUUAUCUGUUGAGCUUACAAUAUAUUUCAUGGCUUGUCCCUUGGUCUGUUUCCUGUCCAAGAGAAUAAAUAAUCGCUUGCUAUGCAUUAUGGGAAGUAUUUCAUCAAGUGCCUCGAUCAUCGCGUCAGCAUACGCUCAAUCAACCGUCUGGUUCGGCGUCGCCAUGUUUCUUACUGGCUUGUUCAGUGCCCCAAUAAACCAGAUUUCUCAUGAGGUACUUCAUCGAUAUUAUGGAGUCAAAUUUAGCUUUGCUAAUUCGGUUUGUCUAUUUGGGGCAAUUGUUGGCGGUGUAGUCUUUCCCCCAGUAACGUAUGGACUUCUAGAAAGAUAUGGACUUGAGGGCGCUUUAAUUUGUCUUGGUGCAAUUUAUUUGAACUGUGUACCCAUCGCAGUUACUCUAAGGAACCCGAAAGACAGCAGUCACAGAUCUUCUUUGGAACACUUCCGUGGUAAAGAUCUAGAGGAAGAAAUGCCAAUGGAGGUAGGACGUGUAUCUUCAGAAUAUGAAGUGAAGUAUGAAUCGCAAUCAGAAGAGAACACUGAUGCCCUCAUGAAUUUUCCUCAACGGGAAAUUAGGGAAAUAAAUAACGGUAAUUCAAAAUACGGAGUAGUGUCCAACUUCCUGAGAAUUCUGGUGAAAGAGAAAGCAUUUACGAUACUAUUUUUACCAUGCAAGUACAUUUUGGAAGUAGUUUUUAUUGCUUGGAUCUUUUUCAUUGUUUCAUUUGCAUUGGCUAAGGAUGUACCUGAGGCACUUACAUCAUACUUACCCAUUGCAGGAUCCGUAGGAGGAUUCUUCAUUCAAGGAAUAGUAACCAUUCUUUUGCAUUAUCAACCCCUAUGGGGAGAUGUAAUCUUCAUUAUCAGCAUGUCGUCGGUGGCUUUAGCGCUUUUCCUCUAUCCUGUAAGUUCUUCCUUUGUCCAUCUCUUAGUAUGUUCGUUCUUCGUGGGUGGAGGAACCUUUGGGGGAUUCCCAGCUACCUAUUCUGUUUUGAUCUCCUACGUAUCUGCGGAAAACUUCGACAGCCUGCUGUCUGCCAAGUUUUUCGUAACUGGAAUCGGAGUCGUCUCAUCAGGAUACAUGGCAGGUUCCCUAUAUGACAUCACUGGAUCGUUUGAUCACGUCUUUAUGGUAAUGGGAGGGAUGAGUGUUCUAUCUGUUCUGCUAACGGUCGUCUUGGUGAUUAAUAAACGGAGAAGACAACAUCUCGACACCAAAUCCGUAGAAUGAAUAUAUGUACUUCAUUGAAUCUGUCAAGCAUCACUGCUAGGGAUUGAGCAUUAUAUCCAUUGAAAAAAAAUAUACAUAUAAUAUAAUAUCAUUAUUAUUAUCUGAUUAUCAUCAUUAUUGAAACCAAGAAGCGCAUACAAGGAGCUGCUGUGCUGAUUAUCAUGGGUGCUUUGACCUUUUUUUAAAUAAAGGAAGUGAUCAGCGUUUUAUAAGCAAGUAGUAGUACAUGAAUUUAUUAACGAUAACUGUGACAGCUUCUCCAUUUUUGUAUGACUUCACUAUUAAAAAGAUAUUCUCGAAAGCAAUGUACCAUUACUCUAAGAGCCAUGGCAUUGUGUCUGAAGUCAUAUUAGUAUAUACUUGUGUUUUUUAUAUAGCAUUGUUAAUAAAAUGAAAUAAUUAAUAUAAAGAAAAUUUUUUAAGCUUAAAAUGAUUACUUGAAUUUAGCAUUUUUAUCGACAUUGUUGCAAUAUUUUCAUGACAUUAUGUGGUGCUGUUGUGAAAGUUAUUAUUAUUAUGUUUUUGUUGUUGUAAACUUGAGUAUUAGGACCAUAAUUUGUACCUAGAAAAAAAACAUUAGGUAUGUUAUAAAUGUAAUGAAAGUUCCAAAUGAAAUGAGAAAGAGCCGAUACCAUGAUGAUUGGCAGUAUCUGUUUGUUAAGUCAUAGUAUAUGUAUCACCUUAGAAACCCCCACUAAACAAAACAAUACGAGGUAUAUAAGUUUGAAAAUAGAUUAUUUUAUGGGGCAUAUAAAAAAAGUAGGCCUAUUAUCAUGAUUAUCAUUAGGCUCAGGGACUGCUCCAGGGUAUUCAGGGUUAUUGUAAAGUCACAGGACCAAGACCUUUAUCAUGGUUAUCAUACUUCCCUGGUCCCCCCCCCAUUGUUCCCCCUUUUAUUUCACUUGUAGCUGCUCUCGUGGUUUCUGUUUCCCCAAACAUUCAUUUCUUUAUUCAAGAAACAUUUAAGAAUUAUCGACAUUUGAUUUGAAAUUCAUUAAACUUAAAACAAAAUAAGACGUUUUUUUCACCCGAGUACCUUUAUCGGUUUUAAUUCAAUUGACUUUGUUGUUAUAAUGAAAGCUAUUCAUCAUUCAGAGUAAAGCAGGUCCGUGAAGUUAGCUACUUAUUCCUUUUCCUUAUUCGAUGCAAAGUUAGCACCUUAUUCCCUUUUUCAUUAUUCGGUGUGAAGUUAUCUACCAAUUCCCUUAUCCUUAGUCUCUCCUUGUUAAAACUGUCUCGCCCUACUUGAAAUGUCUUUCUCCUUAUUCGAAGUGGCCCUAUCCUUAUUCAAAAUAGCUCUCUCCUUAUUAAAAACUGCUCUCUUUUUAUUCAAACAACCCCUUCUUUAUUCAAAAUGCUCUCCUUAUUCAAAAUAGUUCUCUCCUUGUUAAAAAAUACCAUCUCUUUACUCAAAGAACUAUGUCCUAAUUAAAAUUAGCCCUGUCCUUAUUCCAAUGACUCUCUUUUUAUGAAAAUACUUUAAGAGAGUUGGUUAUACAUUUCUUAAGUGGAUAUCAGGUCCCCUUAAUUUUAUCUUAGGGUGGGGGAUAUAGUCAGGGAAUAAAUGCAAUAGAUUUGAUUAGACAUGUAAGUAUUUAAUUAAUUUGGUUCUGCAGAUGUCCAUUAAGUUUCGUUUAGAAGAAGAAUAAUUUGCUUUAAAAAUUUUGGUUUUAAUUCUUAUUGGAAAAUAAAUAAUUGUUACUCUUAGUAACAGGAGAGUAUAUUAGGAUGUUGAUUUGAGGUAUUCGAGGAGAACCACCCAAAGCUAGAAUAGACCAUGGAUGUCUGUUUCGGUUAAAGCUGAGGAAUCCACGUCGAUGACGAGGUAAAGACCACAACUGCCACCGAUUCUCCAUCAGCAUGAUUCAUCACAAAUCAUGUCACAAUUGGGGCUCGAUCUUGUCAGGCAAUAUCUGGAGCCAUACCUCUUAUCUGAGGGCUGCUUUUUUUUUUUGGGGGGGGGGGGGUAACUUAAUCUGCGAAGGCCAAAGAACUGACUUGCCAAUGGUCGAGUGGAGGGAGCAUCCUAUAUUAUAUGAAUGUUUAUGCACAACCUUUGUAAAACAAAAACAAAUCAAGAGAAGAAAAUUAAGAGGUUUGACCACCAAACCUGAACUCAACUGUAUACAACACGUUUAUAUAUUCUUUAUUUGGUGUCAAGUAACAUUAAAUAUUUUUUAAACCUACUCCACGUGACAGUUUGAGCUUUAAACAUUACCCGUAUGUGAAUGCUCGAUCAGUGUUUCCACAGAUCCAAAACAAAUUUCCCUCAACUGAAUCUCAAAUUUCCUUUAAUUUAUAGACAUUUCCUUAAAUUUUCAAAUAUUAUUUUUUGAUAAAAAUCGGACAAUAACCAAGCGAGCACAAACUUGUUCCAAAAGACCAAAAUAAAGAAAUUUAACCUAUUUUGUUGAAUGCACUUUUAAAAAAUAGCAACAAAAUUAUAAAAUGCGAGCGCGGAGCGCGAGCAGAAAAUCUAGAGCUACGUAUGAGGUAAGCAAUUCUUUUGAUAUAACAUGAAUAUUGAAAGUUGCUCUGUUUAAUGAAUUUUCUGAUUUCCUAGAAUUUCCUGGAAUUUUUUGAUUUCCCAAAACUUACCUGAAAAUGACCCAGAUUUCCCGGAAUUUAGGUAAUUUCCUUCAAAGUGGAAGCACAUCGUGCUCGAUUGAAUUUUACAGUAUUUACCUACCCUUUUCGGGAAUGUUUCCAUCUUGUAACGCGAAGUUGCUAUUGGCUAAAUCACCAAGGCAUUUAAGAUGGCUCAACGCAGGCGUAUCCCGAAACAAGUUUUAGCUUCCCGGGAUUUCGCCUUCUUCUAUAAACAUGUAUGUGUUUAUAUUAUUCAUGGCAAACUGAUUUAUAUGAAUUUAUUUUUAUGAAAAUGAAAAAUUUUGUAAAAUGGAAGAAAAUGAAUAUUUAUAUGAAUUGAAAAAAACCCUAAGAGUUAAAGAAGGCCCAAUUAGUGUCAUGCUCAGGGAUAUAGUUUUUUUUCUUUCAUGUCAUGACCGCGACGCCGUCUAUUGUCAUUCUAUGGCAUUUCUGUCAUCUAUGCAUCACCUUAAUAAUUCAUUUCUUCAGAUGGGUUUUUUUUUUUGGGGGGGGCCAUUGGCGGCGGAAGGAAAAAAAUUUAGGGGGGUCCACGUGAAAUUUUGGGAUGGACACAGGUAAAAAAUUUGACA